AUGGAGGGAGAGCGCGGUGCCGGCAGCGGCUGCUCCGCGAUGCCCGGCGGCAGCGACGGCGCCGGCGGCAGCGACGGCGCCGGCGGCAGCGUUAGCCUCCAAGCCCCCAAGCAUCUGUGGCGGCACGAGCAGCACUACCCGCCGCAGCUGCGGCAGCACCACUUCCUCCAGCACCAGCCGCCCCCCGGCCCGCCGCCGCCGCCGCCGCCGCCGCCGCCCGCCUCGCGCGGCCGCUGCCUGGCCGGGGCUCGCGUCAGGCACCGCGGCUACUCGGACACCGAGCGGUACCUCUACUGCCGAGCCAUGGACCGCGCUUCCUACGCCGUGGAGACCGGACACCGGCCCGGCCUGAAGAAAUCGCGGAUGUCCUGGCCCUCCUCCUUCCAGGGGCUCAGACGUUUCGAUGUGGACAAUGGUACGUCAUCGGGACGAAGUCCCUUGGAUCCCAUGACGAGCCCUGGAUCAGGGCUAAUUCUUCAGGCAAAUUUUGUCCACAGUCAACGUAGGGAGUCUUUCCUUUACCGGUCAGACAGUGACUAUGAUCUUUCUCCGAAGUCUAUGUCGAGGAACUCCUCUAUUGCCAGUGAUAUACAUGGAGAUGACUUGAUUGUGACACCAUUUGCUCAGGUGCUGGCCAGCCUGCGUACUGUACGGAAUAACUUUGCUGCAUUAACCAAUUUACAAGAUCGGGCACCCAGCAAACGGUCACCAAUGUGUAACCAACCAUCUAUUAACAAAGCAACUAUAACAGAGGAAGCCUACCAAAAGCUGGCCAGCGAGACCCUGGAGGAGCUGGACUGGUGCCUGGACCAACUGGAGACCCUGCAGACAAGGCACUCCGUCAGCGAAAUGGCCUCCAACAAGUUUAAACGUAUGCUCAACCGGGAGCUUACUCACCUGUCUGAAAUGAGCAGAUCAGGCAACCAGGUCUCGGAAUACAUAUCGAACACAUUUUUAGAUAAACAACAUGAAGUUGAAAUCCCUUCUCCGACACAAAAAGAGAAAGAGAAAAAGAAGAGACCAAUGUCUCAGAUCAGCGGAGUCAAAAAACUGAUGCACAGCUCCAGUUUAACCAAUUCCAGUAUUCCCAGGUUUGGAGUUAAAACAGACCAAGAAGAUGUUCUUGCCAAGGAACUAGAAGAUGUGAACAAAUGGGGCCUUCAGGUUUUCAGGGUAGCAGAGCUAUCUGGAAACAGACCUUUGACAGUCAUCAUGCACACCGUUUUUCAGGAACGAGAUCUGUUAAAAACAUUUAAAAUUCCAGUGGAUACUUUAAUAACUUACCUGAUGACCCUAGAAGACCACUACCAUGCAGAUGUAGCAUAUCACAAUAACAUACAUGCUGCAGAUGUUGUUCAGUCAACCCAUGUUCUGCUGUCAACCCCAGCAUUGGAGGCUGUAUUCACUGAUUUGGAGAUUCUUGCAGCAAUUUUUGCCAGUGCAAUACAUGAUGUAGAUCAUCCUGGGGUUUCAAACCAGUUUCUUAUCAACACAAAUUCUGAACUUGCUUUGAUGUACAAUGACUCAUCAGUACUGGAGAAUCAUCACUUAGCUGUGGGUUUCAAGCUGCUCCAGGAAGAAAAUUGUGACAUUUUCCAGAAUUUGACCAAAAAACAGAGGCAGUCAUUAAGGAAAAUGGUCAUUGACAUUGUCCUUGCUACAGACAUGUCUAAGCAUAUGAAUCUUUUGGCUGAUUUAAAAACUAUGGUUGAAACCAAAAAAGUGACAAGUUCUGGUGUCCUACUUCUUGAUAACUAUUCAGAUAGGAUUCAGGUUCUUCAGAAUAUGGUGCACUGUGCAGAUCUCAGCAAUCCAACUAAGCCACUCCAUCUCUACCGCCAAUGGACAGACAGAAUAAUGGAGGAAUUCUUCCGCCAAGGAGAUCGGGAAAGAGAGAGAGGAAUGGAGAUAAGUCCCAUGUGUGAUAAGCACAAUGCAUCUGUAGAAAAAUCACAGGUGGGCUUUAUUGACUACAUUGUUCAUCCUCUGUGGGAGACAUGGGCAGAUCUUGUUCACCCGGAUGCCCAGGAUAUCUUAGAUACACUGGAGGACAAUCGAGAAUGGUACCAGAGCACAAUUCCUCAGAGUCCCUCUCCUGCACCUGAAGACCAGGAGGAGGGUAGGAGACAGGGCCAGACUGAAAAAUUCCAGUUUGAACUAACACUGGAGGAAGAUGGUGAGUCAGACACUGAAAAGGACAGUGGAAGUCAAGUAGAAGAAGACACCAGCUGCAGUGAUUCAAAGACCCUUUGCACCCAGGAUUCAGAAUCUACUGAAAUUCCUCUUGAUGAGCAAGUAGGGGAAGAAGUAGAAGAGGAGGAGAAUCAGACAGAAGCUUGUGUAGUAGACCAUUCUUCUGACACGUAACGAUGAGGACAUAGCUUGUUUCUUUCUUGCCCUCUCCCUUUUUCUUUCUCUUUCUCUCUCUCUUUUUUGUGGUUUUUUGUUUGUUUGUUGUUGCUGUUGUUGUUGUUGUUAUUGUUGGUGGUGGUGUUGUUGUUGUUGUUGUUGUUUUAAUUAGGUAAUGGUUUAAAGUGUAUGUCGUAUGCUAUCACCAUGAUCACAACUCACUGUCAUCAGCCAGGAUGUUUGUUGAUCAAAACUGACCUUGGUGACUCAGUUUGGCACUCAGGAAUAUUGUAACCAGAAUCUUCACCUUCAUUGCAUCAGAAAGCAGGGGAGAGAACAUUGAUAAACUACGUUUUAAUAAGCUCUCCAUUUCGCAAAUUUGAUUAAAUAAAGCAAAUGUUUUCACAGGAGCGCCACCUGAAUGCUGGUAUACUUUGGUAGUUUUUGAUUUUAUUUUACUUCACAAGCUAAGCAUUGGAUAAUGUUCAUCAUCAGAGGAAACAGAAAGAAAAUAAACUGAGGUUCCUGCUGGAAAACGAAUGCACACAAACGAUGGGAUACAACAUGAAUCUGUAUAAGACGAAUCUGUCACCAAUAGGAAGAUGAGCUGUGGAAAUUACAUGAUUUUCUAACUUCAAGUCUUCCUGAUGAGUGACUGAAAAAAGUGUGACACGGUGGGUUGCACUAAACUCUGCAUUUUGUAUAAUAUGUAAAAGUGAUCUUUUGUAGAGCUAACUUUUAUUAUUAAAUAUACUGAGGUAUUAUGUUUAAACAAGAACAUUUUCAGAUUUCAUCACAUUUUUUUUCCAAAGAGUAACUUGCAAGUUUUCAGUACAAAUCUGUGCUACACUGGAUAAUACUUCUAGGGUUUUUGUUUUUUUUUUUUCCUUAUUAUUUUGCACCUUAGAAUUUCAUGAUAAUAUUAAGUUGUAAGAGUUUAUUGUUUUAUAUAUUAACGAGUUCCAUGAAUAUCCUUUAUGCUACCUAAAACUCAUUCAGUAUGAUGGCAUUUUUUUGUUGUUGUUUUCAUCAUAAUGUUCCCAAACAUAUUAGAGGAAGUUUUGCUGUUGUUCUUAUAGUGGCUUGAUCCUGGCAAUUCUGUCUUACUACCAAAAUGGUCCUGUUGAUACCAGCUGGACCACUAAGAUUAACAUUUGCAGGAGCAGAGCCAGUAAGAAAGAUAAUGAAUUGUCUUUUUGAUAUGAAGACUGCUUUUUUGUCUCUCUGAAACACAAUUUUCAGAUAUUGUUUUGCCUGGGAACUAUAGACUGCUAAGUCAGCACAGGCUAAUACAGUGUUUGGGAUAUUUAUUUUGGCAAGGGAAGCAUUACUGUAAUGUUUCCAAUUCUGACUCUUUAUAUUUUUUUUUUUUGUCUGUUAGCUAUCUAGUCAGACCAUUUGCUAAUCUCUGACAUACAUACAACAUAGAAAUCAUGAUUAGCAUUACUGUUUCUGCUGCCAGAAGAGCCAGAUCCCUCUUUUGUGUUAAUACUUCUAAGUAAAUGAGCAAUGCAUUAUGAGAAGAGGUGUAGUGUACUGUACAUUAUUAUUAUCUCAGAUCUUUUCAUUCUGUGUAGAGCUUGCGCUGAGGGAAUCCUACUUUCAAGUCUGAUUGGUACUGAAAGCUUUAGUUAUUUGGAAAACUCAGUGAAGUUAGGAGCUCAUAUUUGUUAUUUUCCUGACCUUUUGGGUCACGUGAAACAAAAUAAUGUCAUCUGCACUGCUUUGCACUUCAUUAAAAUUUUAUAAAAUUUUACAUAAAAUUGUAGUUUUGACUAGGGAAAGAGUUGCCUGGAGAAGGAGUAGACUCCCACAGUAUCAAGAUAGAAGGCUUCAGAGAGACCUCAUUUUGGCUUUCCAGGACUUGAAGGGAGUGUAUAAACAGGAGGGGGUACAGUUAUUUAAAAGGGUGGAUAGUGAUAGGACAAGGAAGAAUGGUUUUGAACUGAGACAAGGGUGGUUUAGGUUAGAUAUUAGGAGGAAGUUUUUCACACAGAGGGUGGUGAAGCACUGGAACAGGUUGCCCAAGGAGGCUGUGGAUGCCCCAUCCCUGGAGGCAUUCAAGGCCAGGCUGGAUGUGGCUCUGGGCAGCCUGGUCUGCUGGUUGGUGACCCUGCCCACAGCAGGGGGGUUGAAACUAGAUAAUCAUUGUGGUCCCUUUCAACCCAGGCCAUUCUAUGAUUCUCUGAUACUAUGAUUCAAGAUUAUUUCUUAACAAAAGAAAAUAUUAUCAACAAUCAUAUCCAAUUUGGAUUCAUUUCUUAGGAAAAUUGCAAGAUAUAAAAACAAGUGGUUUGUUUGUUUGUUUGUUUGUUUGUUUGCUUUUUAAGUGUCUGAGGUCUAGAAUAAGAACUUGUUUAAAAAGUAUUGGCUCACAGUUCAGCUUUUAAAUGUAUUUUGCCUUCUCCUUUAUCCAGGUCAAAGUUUUCUCUACUUCAGCCCUCACAGGGCUUUAGCGCAGAUGAUGCUGAAGGAGGAAAGAGAAAGAAGAGAACUCAUGUUUUUUCAUGUUUUGAUUUUUUUGUUCUUCAUCAUUUCUUCCCGAUCCACCUAAAAAUCUUCUCAAUCCCCAAGAGUGCCUGGAACUUUAAUAACGGAAAAGCAAUAUAAAUUCCAAAAUAACCAGUGAAACCUGAAAAAGUUUUAUAUCUGCACAAAUUGAAAGUAAAUGAAGAAAAUAACACCAUAUUGUGAAAUAUAUACCCAUACAUACGGACAAUCACAUAACAGAAAAUGAUAUCAUUUCUUAGAGAUGGGGAUAUAAUGCACUGUACAAUCUUUUUUUUUUUCCUCUUUUGCCAAAGUGUGUUUUAGCAUUGUGCACUGCUUUAAAACAGUACAACUUACAAGUGGCUUUAUGUGUUCUGAGUAUUUUUGCCAUAAGAAAAUGCAAUGAGUUGGGUACUGAGUGCAGCAACGGGGAGGGGGGUAAGAAAAUUCACACUGCUUAUAACAGUACGCUUUAGCUUGCAAGUUACUGUACUCAAUAAUGCUGUGUUUGAAUUUUUAACUGUUUUGUGUCAUUGUUAAAAAUUAUAAUGAGAGGAUAUAGAUAGAACAAACAGCAUUCAGAAGUUUAAAAAACUUGAAUGAAAUGGAUUUUACAGAAAGCUUUGACAGUUCUUUUAAAAUGCAUUAUUUAUUUUAUUUGUGCCAUGCAUUUUUCUCACCAAAUGACCUUACCUGUAAUACAGUCUUAUUUGUCUCUGUUUACAACUGUGUAUUUAUUGUAAUGUACAUACUGUAAUGUUAAUUGUAAAUUAUCUGUUCUUAUGAUAACAUCAUCCUUGUCUGGGUGGUGUUGCUAUAUUUGGAAACUCUUGGUGAGAGAAUGAUUAUUGUGUAUACAUAUUCCUUGUACAUUUUUUUCUCCUGUAAUAUAUUCUGUGUCACCUUAGAGCUUGUUUAUGGAAGAUUCAAGAAAAGUAUAAAAUACAUAAAGAUAUAUCAAUAAAAUUAAAAAAAAAAAAAAGAAAAAAAAAAAAGCUGCAGGUCUUUGGUCCCAGGGCUGUGCCUUAACUUCAAACAAUAUUUUCUUCUGUUUUGCUGCAUUUGAGGUAGCUUUGGGGAUAGGGCUGGGCAUAUUUAUAAUAUUUUCAGUUGCUAGCUGAUGUGGUUACUUGUGCAAGCUAGUUUGCAUGAUACUACAGAGAGCUUUCAUUCAUAAACAUGCUGGAAGUAGAAGCUUUUCCAGACUUCUGGCAAUAUAAUUGUAUUGCCUCUCUGAUUAUCUUUUUACAGGCUAUCAUCAGGGAUUAUUGCAGCCAUUACUUGCUACUAAAAAAACAUUGAUGUUGUAUUUCAGUACUGAAUUGUGCUGAACAAGCUUUGGAAAGCAUCUCUAAUAAGCAUUUGGUUUUAAUGCAUAUUUGCAAAUGAAACAAAUGGAACUAAAUGGGGAUAGCUCAUAUACUUGUUUUUUAAAGAUCAUCUAAUACUCUUUAUUUAGUAGCACAAAUUACCACUAUAUAAGCAGAAUCAAUAAAGUAGGACAAAAGACUGCUUCAAUCUUGGAAAUGCUUUCCAACACUAAUAUUAGUGUUAUAAGCAGCCAAAGCUUUUAUUUUGUAUAGAUGUAUGUAAGGCUUUGUACAGGUGUGUAUAGCAUAAUGCACUAGAUCUAUAGGAGAAUGAUAGGCCUCUAGAUCUUUUAAUAACACUAGUAUUAGGUUUGCAGGUUGGACUCUGAGCAUCUCUUGCUGUUUGAGUAUCAUGUUGCUCCAAACUGCGUAGGACUGAUAGCAAUGGAUUUGCCAGAGUAAGGUAAAUACCUCUCCUCAUUCCAGUGAUGCCCAGCCCCUGUAGCAUGCGACCUUUUGUUAAAAGGAGUGAUUCUUUUUCAAGAGAAAACAGAGCCUCCUUUUUGACACAAACUGUAGAUUUUAGCAGCCCUGGCCCAAAGAAAAUGGAUUGCUUUUGUUUUAACAGUAUAAAAGGGACACUAUAACGACAAAAAUCCUGAACAACUUUUUGUUAUUAAUUUGGGGAUGUCUUGAGAGUGGCAACUUGUGUGAACAUUGCACAUGACAAUUCUUUCACUGGUUUCUUAGCCUCUCUUACGGCCUGUGGGAUAGUACUGUACAUCAAUACCUUCAUAUGAAAGUUUUAUAUGCAAUGGAAAUAAAGCAUGUGUUGAUUCUGCCUAGUUACCGUAUUUGAUUUCCUUUUGCAAGUUUUUUGGUUUUUUUCCACUUACGUAUCAUAGCUG